UUGCAAAAGUCUCUCCUCUGUGAAGGCGGAAAGUUACUCGCAAACAAAACGUCAAUAUUGAAAAAAGGAAAGUUAUUGCAAAUACAUACUUAUUUAUAGACAAUAAUCAUGUCACAUCUACCACCUCUACCAGCGAGCCUUAAACCAAUUCAGCAUUAUCUCAAAACUGCCAACGAACAUGAUAAGCGAGACCCCGUUGUUUCAUAUUAUUGUCAACUGUAUGCAAUGCAGAAUGGAAUGGAGGUUGAUAAAAAGUCAAAGGAUGCAAGAACAUUUUUAUUUUCAUUGAUGGACUAUUUAGAAAAGUUUAAAACAGAACAUAGUGAAAAUGAAGCCAUUACUAGUGAGGUAGUAGGACAAGCACACAUGGAGAAUUACGCUCUGAAAGUUUUUCUGUUUGCUGACAAUGAAGACAGGGCUGGAAGAUUUAACAAAAAUGUGGUCAAAUCAUUUUAUACAGCAGGGAUGUUAUUUGAUGUGCUGAACUGCUUUGGUGAGAUAAGUGAAGAUAUCCAAAAGAAUAGAAAAUAUGCCAAAUGGAAAGCAGCAUACAUACAUAAAUGUUUAAAGAAUGGGGAAACCCCAGUGCCUGGCCCUCUUGGUGGAGAGGAUGGAGAAGAAGGUUUAUCACCAGCUGAUAAUUUACAACCAGGACCAUCUUACCCAGUGAACAAUUUACCAACCCCCAGUAACCAACAGCCACAAGUUGGAGCCUUUGCUCCACCCACCACACCACAGGACCCACCCCAGAUACCACAACAGCCCUCCCCAUCACAGGCCUUUGUACCACAACAACCUGCCCCAUCACAGUCGUUUCAACCACAGCCAGCAGCCGCUGCAUCAUGGACACCACCUCCAAAUGCAAAGGGUGUGAGGUUAACUGCAGACCAGUACCAAAAAGCAAUGAAGUUCUGUAAAUAUGCUGGUAGUGCAUUACAAUAUGAAGAUUCAGAGACUGCUGUUACUAAUCUUACAAAAGCUCUUAAACUUCUAACAACAGGCAAAGAAACCUAAAAUAUCUGUGAUAUGUACUGUAUGUGUUAUUUUAUAUAUUUUUACUUUAUGUCUGUUACACAGAUUAAAAAUGUAUAUUUCCGUUAUUUAGUAGGUAGGAAAAGACAUUGGUUACUUUGUAUGAUUUAUAACUCAGUUUAAGAAUUGAUUUAUGUUUUGGCCAAAUUAUUAGUGAUAUUUAUUUGUGUGUUGAGAACAAAUGAGGUAUGGGAGAUUUUUUGUUUUAAAUUAAGCAAUGAUAAUGAGCAGAUUUACUCUUAAUAUUUUAAGUCAGGUUUAACUAUAGCAAGUAUUGCUUAUUACAAUAUAAUAUCCUGAUGUAACAAACAAGAUUAGGUUGCUUUUUUGUAUUCUUGUAUGUAUACCCACAUAUAAAACUAUAGAAAGUAUUCUGCUCUUAAACUGUAGCAGAAAUCUUCAAAACAUUUAAUUAGAACAUAAAAUUUCCAUUGCUCAUAUUUUUUGCAAAUUUUAUUAUGCAAUUUGACAAGUAUAAUUUCAAUGUGUAUGGCUUUAUAAUGUUAAAGGUGUGUUAAGAGUUUAAAUCUAAAAUGCAUAUGUUCAUGUCAUUAAACAUUUAAAUAUGCACAUCUGAUUAAAAUUAUGUUUCCCAAAAAUUGCUAGAGAAAUAUUACUGUUUUGUCAAGAAAAGUUAACAACU